CUAAGAAACGGCGUAUGGCACGCUUGAACCGCCAGUUGCCGGCCGAAAGUCGCAGCCAGCGGGACUGUUGAAAAAAGUUCUGCUUGUUUUGUUGUUGUUUUUUUUUCGCUUACCUUCCGCCUUAGAGACAGUGAUAUACCACGCAUUUAUCUAUACAUAUUGAUUUGACAACAAAGAUGAAGCUGAAAGUGAGGUUUGAAAAAUGUGUUUGGUUGAUGGUCGUCAUAGUUGUCGUUACCGCCAAUCAACCGCAAGGUCCCGAUCGUGGAAACGGAGUUCUAAUCAAAACAGCCGGAAAUUCUCCAUCGAUAGAAACAGGUAGUAUCCCGACUUCAACGAGUGCACCGACGACGACAAAAUUCAACAAACUUAGACGAGACUCGGGACUUUUUAUUGACAACGACGUUGACAGUCUCCCGACCGCAAUCGAAGGUCCACCGCAAAUUGAAUCGCGCCAAGGAAGACUAGCACCGUCCGGACCUGUUCAGACCCACCGUUCGAGUGUGGCGACAUACACUAGUGGAAGCGGAGUCAGAACGCCGCAGGGUCCGAUCCGUAAUCUCGGACCACGUCCACCAGCUCCUCCUCCUGCGACUGAGGAAGGACCUUUGCCACCAGCUCCGCCUCUUGACGUCACCGAAAUCCGAUGUUUGAAGAUGACUUCUAGGGAGCGAUUUUCAGCUGUUCUUUCAAUGCCGGAAGACCUACAAGGUUCUAAUCCAAUUUUCGAGGACAAACCAGCCAUCGAUCCGAUCACGUCACGAAUCUGCCAAAUUCAGCCGGCAUCGCAGCCCGGCACUUUUCAACUGGAAGUCACCAAUCUGGAUGCUUGUGGAGUCAAGUCGUGUAACCAGCAAGACGGACAGCCAUGGCUGUGUGUGACACUCCGCUUCCCAGUUCUGGCCGGUCUCAAACUGCCCGAAGAUGAAAUCGUCGAGAUUCGGUGCAAACAACAGGACCGAACAGUGGCUGAAAAGAAGGACCUUGACUUUGAUGGAGACAGAUUCAGUCCGCGAAUCGAACAGAAAUUACCCCUGACUUUUACCGGAGGUAAGCAGGAAUUUCUUUGCGAGAUUGGUCUCUUCAGGCGGUUGCCAGGCACGGCGCUUUUCUCUCAGCGGAUAGGACCGGGGUCAGCAGUCGAGUUGGGAGAGGAAGUUCAAUUGCGCAGCAUCGUGCGUUCCAAUGACGGAUGGUUCUAUUCUAAACUAACGGACGUCGUUGUCCGUCGUUUAAAAAAACAGACAUCUACCAGUGGCGGAGGAGGAUCAGCCACGCUUGUACUGCAAGAUGGAUGCCGUAAUCCAGCGUAUCGGGCCAUUGCGUCACAACAUCCGCAAAGAGAUGCGCGCUCUUCGUUGCUCAACAACUUCAACUUCCGCGUUUUCCUCUUCCAAGACAUGGACGAUGGAGACAGCAUUGUCAUUUCUGCCCGCGUAUUCGCUUGCGUCGAAGCCAUCGAUUGCGCUCCCACGCUAUGUUCUGAUGAUCGCGAUCAAGGUUUCGGUCGCCGCAGAAGGAGCAGUUAUUGGAACCAAACGCAAAUCCCUGAUUACGCGCAAACCGACGGUUUGGGCAAGACCCGUGAAAUCCUAAUCGAACAGAUCGUCUUCCCCAACGGGACGAUCGCUUCCGGUUCGUCCCGACAUCUCAAAGGCUGGGAAACUGACCUAGCACUGCGAGUAGCCAUGCCUGGAGAGUUCUAUGCGGGAGCGAGGGCCGUGCCGCUCCAUUCACUGGAAAGCCACUGUUUCGUUUAUUUAAUGAUGACAGUGGGUUUGGGCACAGCACUGGGCGUGACCACUCUGCUGGUCAGUAUUUAUUGCAUCUGCACGUGCAGGAAACGAGCAAACAAAUCAGUUGCCGACUCCGUGGCCUCUUCGCGGGCGGUCCAGUCUCCCGUCGUUACGGCCGGCGCCACGACAGCGCUCGAAUCGCUCAUGAUGGAAGCUUGUUACCCAGAAUUACAGGUACUGGACGCCCUGUCGCGGACCGUCCGCCAGAAGAAACAAAAUGUUCACGACGAGAUCAUCAAACUUUACGGAGCCGCUGCCGCCGCCGCCCAAUCGGCUAAAUCAGACACCCCAUCUAUUGGCAACGUCUACUCGUCAGAGCCUCGUCCAAGUGUUAAGCAGGUGAAGCGUCAUCGACAAGAAGCACAAGAGCGAAGGGCCAAUCCGAAUGUGACCACUGUUGUGGUCGGUCCUAGCGAACCGCAACGGAGAGGGAACAACGAUUCCCUCUACUGGGAGAUUGGACCGAAUCACCACAGUCAUCAAAUUCUACCACCCACUCCCGUUUGAAAGCUCAAUCACGAUUUCAAUUUACGUAAAAGUGUCUAUACUUCCAAUCAUUUUUUAAACAUAAACUAACGAAGGGUGAGAAGCAGCAUCUGGGAAAGGGAACGAAUGGGGCGAUGUUUUGAUUGUUAACUCUGGGCUGUGUAUAACAUAACACGCAAUCACAAAGCCUCUGUUACGUUCCUUUUUCCCCCCUUCAAACACGAAACAAAUCAAAAAAUAAUUGUACGUAAAGUUUUCCUGUUUUGGGUUGAAACGGAAACUGUGGGGGGGGCAUUUGGCUUUGCUGAUUUGAUUUUUUCCGUUUUUCAUGACCUCAAUUUAAUUCAGACGUUUUGCCCGUAUUAAUAGUUGCCUCUCACGCUCCGUCUAUUUAUUUGUUUUCACACUCGCCAUGAUUAUUUUGCAUCGAAAUGAGCCGUACGACAAGCAAACAUGAAAUACAGGAUAAUAUUUAUUGAGAA